AUGGGUAAUUGUACAAAUUGUGUUCAACAGCAACAAUCUCAACAAACUACAAAUUUAACAUCUGCAUCAUCACUUGAUAAUAGUUCACGUUCACUUCGUCGAAAUUUAUUAUCGAAUCGGUUUCGAACAACACGCACAUUUCAACCGUAUACUUUAAAUGCACUUAUUGAUGAAACACUAUCAGUUAUUCGAACUGUUGUUGAUACAGAUCAAGAAGCACCACGUGCAAUGGUUGCUGUAUCACGUAUUGCUAAUCGUGAAGAUCAAUGGUUAGAUGUGAUGAUUGCAUUAAUUGAACGUAUACCAAUUCAUGAUCCGUUAGGUGCAACUGUUAUUGCAUUAUUACUUGAUGAAUGUUCAUUACCAUCAAAAGAAUUAUUACAACAAUUAAUAAAACGCGUUUGUUUAGAUAAUCGUUCAAGAAUGGCAUUACUUGAAUCGAUUAUUGAUGAUUAUAUUCAAGUAAAUAAUCAACAAUUGCAAAAUUCAACUAGUGAAACAUAUGUGAAUAGAGAUGAAAAAAAUCAUUUAAAUGAAACAACACCUAUUGUUAAUGAACAAGAACGAGAAAAAACCAACAAAAUACCAUCAUUUUCAAAUAUCUAUUCAUCAAAAUGUCCAGCAUCUGCAACCAAAACAGUGAAUACUUCUAAUACACAAAACCAAAACAAACUUGAUAGUACUUUACAUCGUGAACGUAAUACAUUAGUUUUGCUUGGUUGUCUAGCUGAGAAACUCGUUGGCCCAAUGAGUGCAUCAAUGUUGAAUACAAUAGCGUUGGAAUUUAUUAUUGAUCGAGUUUAUUUAGGUAUAUAUAAUUACAGUCAGUUGUUGUCGUUAGAUUGUGAUAAUUCAAAUUGUUUAUCAAAUUAUUCGUCUACUUUGAAAAUAAUUUUAUUUGCAUUAAUUGCUAUUGAAAAGUUCUCUCACUCAUCAGAAUCAAAGCAUAUUUUAUUGAAAUCAUUAACAAUUAAUAAUGAACAAUCAAAAAUGAAUGUUUUAGAAUACUAUGAGCCAUGGUCAAAAUUCAAUAAUUGUCUUAAACGACAAAUUGGUUUCUAUGCUCAGUGGUUACUUGAUAAUGUAUUCAUUCUUGAUUAUCGUCGGCCAUCAUAUGAAGUCAUUGAUCAUCGUUAUAUAAAUGUAAUGCUUAACGAUAAGGAUGUUAGUGAAUAUUUAAAAAUUGGCCCUGAUGGACUUGAAGCACGUAGCGAUACGGUUUCAUUCGAAAGUGUUCGAUGUACAUUUCAUGUUAAUACAGGUGUUUGGUAUUAUGAAGUACUUAUUAUUACCGAUGGUGUUAUGCAAAUUGGAUGGGCUACAAAACAGUCAAAAUUUAUGAACCAUGAAGGCUAUGGCAUUGGUGAUGAUCAAUAUUCUAUAGCAUACGAUGGCUGUAGAAAUUUAAUAUGGUUUGGAGCUAAAUCUAUACCACAUAGUAAUCCAGCUUGGAAAUCUGGUGAUAUUGUUGGCUGUUUAAUUGAUUUUAAUCAGCGUGAAGUGAUAUUUUCAUUAAAUGGGCAUUCAUUAGAUCCAUCGCGUAAAUUAUUUACAUCAUUAAGUAAUCCUAUAGUCGAUGGUUAUUUUGCAGCAGCAAGUUUUAUGUCUUAUCAACAUUGCCGUUUUAAUUUUGGUUCAAUGCCAUUUCGUUAUCCUCCAACUAAUGUGUCAUCCUACAAAACAUUUAACGAGUAUGGUCAAUUAUCAGAGGAUGAAAAAUUAAUUUUACCAAAAUAUAAAAAAUUAGAAUUAUUACGUUCAAUAAAAAUCAGUGAACAAGAUUGUAUAUUAUGUGUUGAUGAUCUAGCGAAUGUAAUGCUUAAACCUUGUCGACAUACUGGUUUUUGUGGACAAUGUGCUUUGAAACUAGAUCUAUGUCCUAUAUGUCGAUCAGAAAUUCAAGAGAGAUUUAUAAUAACGGAAUAA